GAAUGGUCUUUCGAUCAACACAUCUCAGUCAGAAGUUGCAGUUAAAAGUUUCUGCUGGUAACCUGGAGGAGUUGGCUCCCAUUAUGGAUCAGUGUUUGAGGGCUGCAAUUGAGAGGAAUGUCUCUGAGUUAGUGAUUGAGAUGAAUUUUAGGCCAACAACUUACUAUAAUAUUCCGAAGGAAGUAUUUGUCUCUAAUUCACUAAAGGUCUUAGAGCUUCAUGGCUGUAAGUUUGAGGAUAGUUUUUCCUGCACUAAUCUUCCACAUCUACAAAAGCUCAGAACCGUGCGGUGCCUGUUUGCUGGUGAGAACGUCUUAUCCAAGAUUUUAUGUGGCUGUCCUGAGUUGGAGUAUCUGGAAGUUUUGAUUUCUGAGGGCAUGAGAAGUUCUAUCUCGGUUUCAUGUAAACCUAGAUUGAAAUAUUUUUAUAUCGGGUGUCGCCACGAGCUCAAGAGGAUUGAGAUCUUUGUGCCCAGUCUUGAAACGUUAAAAUGUUAUUUUGCGUAUUCAUGUUCGAUUGACUUGGCUAGUUGCACUCUUCUCAAACAUUUGGAAAUAAACCACGCUAUCCUCUCUUCUGAUUACGUCCCCAUUCAGUAUCUUUUAUCUAACCUUCUCCAAAUUGAAGAAUUGCAUUUGUCUAACUGUAAAUCAGCUGACAAAAUUCAAAUAGCAAGUUCAUGCCUCAAGAGACUUGUCAUUACCGAGUCACACAAAAACUUUCCUGGUGCUGAACUUGACAUCCCAAAUUUACUUAGUUUAGACUUCUUUUCUAUGGGUGAAUGUAAUACAAAUAACCGGUUCAGUUCUUGGAAUGUUCCCAAGGUAGAAGAAAUUCACAUGGCGUUUUCUGUUAAAAGCUUUCAGAGUGCUUGCAGGGGUGGACUGAAGGGGUUCCUUAUGCAGUUACAAAAUUAUGAAGAUGUGAAAUUGAUUAUACAGUGCAGAGGUGAACAGGAUCUAAUUAUGCAUGAGAAACUGCACGCAGUUUCCUUUUCUUCUCUGAAUAAAUUCUUAAAAAAGGCAAAGCCAGAAUUUUUGCUCAUAUCAUCCAGAAGAGAUGAUUCGUUCUUGGCACGUAUUUUGGUUUCUAGAGAAGACACUAUUAGUCUAUCCAUGAUAUUUUCUUCUCGCAGAAGCAUAGAGUUGCUGCACGAGAAACUGUGCAAUGAAUCAUUUCUGAAGCGUUAGUAUAGGGAAUUUGAGCUGAUUUUUAUCGAGGACAUAGAGCAUGAAGUGGACUCUGAUGUGAAACACUUCAUGAAGACCCAAUCAACAGGUUACCACACUGCUAGAAUAAUCUUCAUCAAGAAGAGUUUGAUGGAAAUGAUCUGUUCAAUGUAGCAUGUGUUUGAAAAGCGCUAGGUGGUGGCCCCUGGCCGGGCAUAAUCAGGCCUACAUGGGCCUAGAACAAGAAAAAACCUCUAGUGCAGCAUGCUGCAUUGCUGUUUAUAUUGACAUCAAUCAGAUGAUACUGCUGUCUGUAACUCUGGGCUCUUGCAAUGACAAUCCAUUCUAAAAGGCGUUUAGAUUUUUUACAUUCUCUCCAAGUCGUUAGUUUUUUUAUGACAUAUGUCCUCUGAGGCCUUGGUCCUUUUCUAGAACAAUUUGCAUCUUGGUUUUACAUUAUCAAUCUUGUCAGGAG